CGACAGGCGGACGGGACGGCGGCGGCGGCGGGGCCCGGCCGUCAAGUCGCGAUCUCGAAGGGGGCGUCGUCGUGAGCCUCGGCCGCGGCACCUGGAGGGUGCUGACGCCGACCCCGCCAAACAUGUCGUCCAGUGCGGGGAUGGGAUUGCUGUACCGCCGUUUCUUCGACGCUUUCAAGAAGAAGGACCCUACUCUGCCUGCGCUGACGGCCGCGGCGGAGGCCACGGAGGAGUGGAAGCAGGCGCGCGCCGAGUACCCCGACCAGGGCGUCUUCGAGGAACAGAUCAACCAGCGCAUUGAGCACUACCUCCUCGAGGCCAGCUCCAGUGGAGCCGGCAGCAGAAACAGUCGCAGUCUCGGGGCCAACAAGGUAUCGGGGAAGUCAGAUUGCACCUCAUUUCUUGACAGUGCGAGCUUCUUGGAUGAAGAGAAGUGCUCCAGUGAGGAUGAGCUCAACUCCUCUGGAAAAAGAAAGUACACUAAACCCUCACAAGAGACCUCCAUGAAGAGGAUUUCUGCUCUUGAAGCUGAAUUGACGCACCUUAGCCAGUUAAAAGAAACAAAUGGCUCUGAUGAUAAUUUAGAGAGUAAACUAAGAAUGGUAAGGAUGGAACUAGAAGAAGAGAAAAAAGCUCUGAGCAAGAAGGAGCGUAAUGCCCAAAGACAGAAGAAAUUUAGGGAAACUUUCAAAACUAAAAUCAAAGCUGCAUGUGCUGAGAAUCCUGGUAUUGCUGUGAAGCUAAAGAUGCGUGAUGGUCCAGGACGACCCCGACUAGAAGAAAAUCAACCGGAACUCUUAAAAGCUAUUGUAGACAUUGCGGUUUCUGGGAGAUCUGAUGAAGAGAAACAAAAAGCAGAUAAAAUAAGAAGUUGUAAAACACUUGACUCUCUUCAUCAAGAAUUACUAAAGGCAGGUUUUUCUAUUUCUCGAAGUGCAACUUACCUGCGCCUGCAGCCUCAAAACAGCAACACUCGAGAAGGAAAAAGACAUGUUGCUACUGUACCUGUAACGCUAAACGACGCCAAGGAACAGCAGAAAGGACAUCCAGACCAAGACUUCUGUGCCACUACUCUUAACUAUUUAGAUUCACUUGCGGCCAUUUUGGGUCCAAAAGAGGUGUUUUACCUUGCUCAAGAUCAUCGGGCCAGAGUGUCUCUUGGUAUGACUGCUCCUUGUAAACAAGCCCCUCUGCUCAUGCGUAUGGAGUACAAUGUGUGCUUCCCGGACACCCAGUCCAUUAUUGCUGACCAGCAGAAGUUAAUUCCUUCCAUGUAUGGAGGCAUAGUGAUAAAUGCUCAGAGCAUGGGUGACACUCAAGGUGUAACCUUUUCUGGACCCACUUAUGUGGCCAUAAGAAUGGGCAGUCAGGGAUUUCCUAGUGCUGACGCACAUGCUACUGAUUUUGACAGACUUGUACAUCUAGAUAACUUUCGUGCCAUCGCCAAAGACGAAAAUGGAGCUCUAAAGCCAGUGGUAAUUUUAGCAGUGAAUGGAGGACCCGAUGAAAGUGCUCGUAAUCCCAAGCAAAUUUCUUUUGCCAUUAAACAUUUUAGAGAUUAUGAUCUAGAUGCGUUGUUUCUUGUGAAUGAUGCACCAGGACAGAGUGCUCUUAACCGAGUAGAGAGGAGAUUAGCAACCUUAAGUCAUCAGCUAACUGACCUCGUGAUUCCACACGAUCGUUGUGGCAGUCACCUAGAUGAUGAAGGGCGAACAACAAACAAAGAAUUGGAGGCAGAAAACUUUGCAUGUGCCAGCAGAAUCUUGGCAGAAGUGUGGAAUUCAACUGUGAUAGACAGCCAUGCCGUUGUAGCAGAGCAAAUAUCAGGUCCCCAGUGGUGUGCUCAAUUAGAAGAAAAUGCAGAUUGGUACUGUAGACAUGUGAGAGAGUCUCAGUACUUCCUACAAAUAGUUAAAUGUGGAAACCCAGAUUGUUGUGGAAUACUGCGGAGUAGUCUGAGAUGUAUAUUGCCAGAAGGUUUUCUACCUCCUCCUUGCAAGUUGUGGCAAAGCUCCUCAGGGCUUGUUGCAACAGAAAGAGGAAAUCAUGCCAAAUUUUGUCCCUUAUUUUUACGUUUGUCAUUGCAGAUCAAUCCAUCAACUAAGUGCUUCACAAAGACCCCUUAUGAUUAUUUCUGCCCUACAGUUGUUCCACACCUUGCUGACAAAACGUGUUCAAUGUGUGGAUUGUACUUUGCAUCUAAAAAAGGUGUGGCCAAACAUAAAGAACUUGUACAUGGUAUGUUUCCUGAGCCUAUUGCUAAAAUUCAACCUGCAUGUGUCUUAGCCAGGCGAGGGAAGGAGUUGCUGUGUCUAUUUAGGGAUGAGCAAUCGGGGGCUGAAGAUGCUGAAUGGUUCGAUGAGGAUGAUGUAGAUACUGAUGUGAAAUUAAGCAUGGAUUCCGAUUCCCCUUCUCAUAUACCUAUAGUAGGUUCAACCAUGGAUUGGUUGUCCAGUCCUUGGUCCAACUUCAUGUAAAAAUCAAACUUGAGGAAGCUUGAAUACCUCAAGUUAACUACCAUUAAUAACAUUUUUGUAUUUUUAUCUACUCAGAUUUUUCGUUAAUUCCUUCUUUGUGUCAUAUUAUAUUUAUAUAUGUAAUAAUGUUAUGAAUUUUGUUUUGUUUUUGUACUAUUUGCCAAUUUAGUGAUAUGUUAGUGGUAGGGGCUGCAGCACUUACUAAUAAAAUCAUAACUGAAAACAUCA